AUGGGAUUGGUAGAACGAGAAUCCGAGAUGCAAGAAUUGAAUGCUCCUAGACCUGGAAGAUCGCGAGAUCUUUUCGGAGUACAAUUGGAGGUUACUUCGUUACUUUUGGAGGGUGAACGUCGCAAAUUGGCAGUCUUGCAAAGAGAAUUGCAAGCAGCCCUUGAGGAAGGUGGAAGCGUAAAAGUGAAAGAGAAGCAGCGACAAGAAUUGCUACAUGCUAUAUCGAAAAUUCAAGGACAACACGAACAACUCGACAAAGAAUACAGGAUUCACGCUGCUGGUGUUCUCCUAUGUAACUCAAGGGGCUCCGGAAAGGAGCUCUCAGGAAGCUUUAGAGGUGGUGGCGGUGGUGGUGGUGGUGGUGGUGGUGGCAGUGGCGGAAGGCAGUUUCUGGGCGGUGGAGGGUGCGGAUCGUCGUCCGCAAAGCCGUGCGUUCACCCCGUACCGCCACGACAACAGGGCGUCGUUCGUUCUGGUGCGAGCGCCGGGAGUCCGCCGGGGUUUCGUCGAACUUUCCUCGAACCAACGGGUCGAACUGAUCAAACCGGUCGUUUGGCCGAGUAG